CUCCCCUUUUUACAAUUCUGCCAUUGAUUUGUUUUGUUGACAUGUUAUGCUUGCGAGUACUUGAAAGCCUUUCCUUGUUUUCGAUGAAAAACAACUAACAGUUGGAAAUCAUCCUGAUGUCAGAGACACACUGGAAAUUGUUGAACAUUUUGUGUUCAGAAAAUGAAACAGCUUACGCCUUAAUUGUGCUCAACCAACCUCUUGUAGAUUGUGCAAGUGGCAUUUUUAACACACUUUGGGAUAAAGCUUCCUUCAAGGCGGCUACAGAUGGGGCCACCAACCAUUUGUUUGACAUGGGCUCUCCUGUUGGCAGACUUAGGCCCGAUAUCAUUGCUGGAGACUUUGACUCAGUCAGAAAAGAUGUAUUAGAGUGGUACAAACAACAAGGUGUGGAAAUUGUUUGUACUCCUGAUCAAGACAAUACAGACUUCACCAAGUGCUUGAAGAUAGUUCUGGAGAAGUUCCAGAAGAAAAAGCUAGACUGUAUAAUUGCCUUCGGAGCAUUCGGGGGUCGACUGGAUCAUAUGUUUGCCAACAUAGACACUCUCUACAGGGCCAAUCAGUGGGCACCGAAUACACCUGUGUAUUUAAUGGAUAACCAUAACAUAUCGUGUCUUUUGCAAAAGGGUUGCCACCAUCUGGACGUUGGUUCGAGCCAUGAAGGCGACUCAUGUGGACUGAUACCUGUCAGUGAGCCCUGCGACUGUGUCACCACCACUGGCCUUAAGUGGAACUUGUACAAAGGCAGGCUGAAGUUCGGCGAGCUCAUCAGCACUUCAAACACUUGGAGCGGGGAGAACUUGGUUACCGUGGAAACGGAUAAGCCCUUGUUGUGGACGAUGAAUAUCAAACAUAGCCUAACAGAAUGACUGAACGUAUGAAGUUUAUAAACAUUGCCAGCGUCAACCGUUACUUGUUACUUCGUUUAGCUGUCGAGCCGUUACCUUUUUAGGUUACCGCUGAAAAAAGUUGUUGUAUUGUGACAAAAGCGUAAUUUGGAGGCAUUGGUACCCUAUGGACACAUAUCUAAGUAUUUUUGUGAUACAUGUUAUUGAUUAUGAAUUUAGCAUAUAAUACAUGUAUAGGUUGAAAGUAAACGUAUGUUUUACCUUACAUUCAUGUCUUUUAUACAAAUAAAGGUGUAUUUUGUUAAGACCCUAACACAUGCGUAGUGGAAAUAGAUUGUAAUAUAUAUUUUGUGAUAGUUAAGUUUAGUUUCUUGAAGCAAACUUUGAAAUUGUACAUGGUUUUUAUUAUGUACAUUUGUUUAUGAAAAUAAAAUGCAAUAUAUUGUAUACAUG